AUGUUAGGACACGGUAUUCGUGGACUAACGACAAGAGAGACUGAAGCGAACCUGGGUCGAACAGUGAGGUGGAACAGCGCGGUGAGACUCAGGCAACAAGGAGAAGAAAAACUAGAAAAAUCGGAUGUUUCAUUUCUAACCUUUGGUUUCCAAACCAAGAUGUUAGGACACGGUAUUCGUGGACUAACGACAAGAGAGACUGAAGCGAACCUGAAGGAGAACCAAGAUGAGAAAUGA